CUAGUUAGUCUGUGGUCGUCACUGACAAUAGGAGGUGUCAUUAUUCUAUGUGAUUGUGAAUUUUCAUUUUGACUGCUGAAUUAUAAUUUCAAAAUAAUUAUUUAAUUGGCGUCUAUUUCAAUUUUCGUGCUAUCGGCGAUAGUGUUAUUUUAUUGUUAACAUUUCAACAUCAUUAUUAACAAUGUUUCCGGACAACGGUUGAUGGCAGUCAACGUAGCCACGGUGACUUAUCACCAUGGAGUCCGCGGGGAAUUGGUGUUUGAUUGAAAGUGAUCCUGGGGUGUUUACCCAGCUCAUCAGAAAAUUUGGAGCUACAGGAGUCCAAGUAGAAGAGCUAUGGUCUAUCGAAGAUAGUAUAUUUGAAAGUUUAAGGCCCGUUCAUGGACUUAUAUUCCUGUUUAAAUAUUUACAACAUGAAGAACCGUCAGGACCUGUGGUUACAGACAACCGUCUUGAUAAGAUUUACUUCGCUAGUCAGGUUAUAAAUAAUGCUUGCGCUACGCAAGCAGUUAUUAGCCUGCUAUUGAACUGUAAUCAUCCAGAUGUCAACAUCGGGCCCGAGCUGACAACUCUUAAAGAGUUCAGUAUGUCAUUUGAUCCAAAAAUGCGAGGACUAACACUCAGCAACUCGCCUACUAUUCGUAACGCUCACAACUCUAUGGCACAACAGGCCCUUUUCGAAAUUGAAAAUAAAAAACCGUCUAAGGAUGAUGAAGCCUACCAUUUUGUGGGAUACAUGCCAAUUGAUGGUCGGCUAUAUGAGUUAGAUGGCUUACAAGAUGGCCCUAUCGAUCAUGGCGCAAUUUCGGCUAAACAAGAUUGGCUUGAUGUGGUUCGUCCAAUCAUUAUGAGGCGCAUCAGCGUGUACACGGAGGGCGAAAUCCACUUCAACCUGAUGGCCUUGGUGUCGGAUCGAAAGAUGAUCUACGAGCGACAGCUACAAGAACUUCUGGCUGAUCAACAAAUGCUGGGAAUAUCAGACGUCAUCGAAGGCGAAAUACCCAGACUUCGAAUGUUGAUCGAGUAUGAGGACAUGAAGAUGUUAAGAUAUCAACAAGAAAUGGCCCGGAGGAGGCACAACUACCUGCCGUUCAUAAUUGUACUGCUAAGGAUAUUAGCGGCGGAGAAGAAACUGAUUCCUCUGCUCGACAAGGCUAAGGAGCGCGCGGUUAGAAGAGGUCCAAAGAAACAAAAAGUAUAACAUGAGGCUCGGGCUGGACCUCGGG